CGGCCGCUCGGCCCCCGAAAGGCCGGUUGGAUACUCGGCCGCGCGGCGGCGGUGCCAACCUUCCCGCCUCCCGAGUGGGAGCAGAGGCGUCCCCGGAGGAGGGACGAAUUAGUCAAGAUGUCCACGAUUUCGAAGCACUUUGGACUGAAAUACAAAGAAGAAUCGUACAUCUUUAAAGAGCUUGAGAAGGUUCGCCAGGAGACUAAAAGGGAUUUCCUCCGAUUCAAGCAGUUGGCCUCGGAGCCGGCCGGGGAUGAAGACGGCGUCUGCGGCCGCCAGGCGCCCGGCCCGGCGCGGCCUGGGGCGCAGGAGGGCGUUGCCCGGCCUGGACCCCGGAAGCCAUGGGGGUGCCCUCGGGCUAAAGGCGCUGCGGCCCCGCUGCAGGCGGCGCGCCCCCCGAGCGCGAGCGAGGCGGCCGCCCCCGGGAGGACGCGGCCCUUUCGGCCGCAGGCCUUCUACCUGCGGAGCUCGGCGUUCCUGCGCGCGCUGCCCGGCGAGGGGCGGGACGGCCCGCAGGCCCCCCAGCCCGCGCGCGCCGUGCCCGCCACCAUCGAGGAGGUCAUCGCCUCCCUGGAGUCCGAGGCCCAGCUGGCCUCCGACCAGACCGUCAGAGAGCUCAUCCAGAGCGUCCUGGGCCCGAACUACGACCUCCAAAUGGAAGAUAUUUCUUCAAUGGGAAAAAUGUACUGGCACAAAACAUCUCAAGGGCAAGCAGAACAAGGAUUACAGAUAAGUAUUGAGGAAGCUCAAAUGACUGUGCUUGAGGAACUUCCUGAAGCUGUAUCAAGUAUUUUCCAGGUUGAACAAGAGGAUACAUCAGAAUGGGGCGUCUUAGAAGCAGAAAGCCUACUAUUUAAACCUCAGGAAACUUUGGAAGUUCAGCCAGCAGAUGACUCAAGUAAACGUUUGGAAGAUGAGCAGCCUACCGGUGAUUCAGAAGUGGCCAAAAGAAUGUCAUUAAAGGUGAAAUCAUCAGAAUUGUUGCAAAUCAGAGGAAAAGAAGUUAAGCGGACACGAAAAAGUAAAGUAGGAAUUCCAAAACAGAGACAAAGGAAGUCUCCAAAACCCCUGUGGGAUCAAAAACUACCUAAAAAAAAAAUUCCACAAGACUGCUCCACUCCUACCCUUCACAAUCUGUGCGCCACUGUCCCAGCCCGGGAGCUGCCCAUUGACCUGCGCCUGGCUUCUCGAGUAUAUCAUACAGCCGACAAGAAAGGUCACCGUCCUCUGCGGGGAAUAUUUGUAACCUCUUUCUCAGGCAAUCCCUUGACAGAUGAAGAACAAAGAGACAGAAUACUGCAAGGAAUUCCUGCUAUGGGUGACAAUCAAGAAUAUGUUGCUGUCCUUCCAACAACACCAGGGAUACCGCCUGGAUUGGCACCAGACGCUAGACAGCAUGCUCACAAACCAGACCUACAACUCUUGGGAGAGGAAGUGUCUGCUUACCCAGGGUUUACGAAGUUGUUUUGGAAUCUAACUUCACCCAAAUUCUCUGUUCCAGUAUCUGUCAUGAAGGAAACUCUGUAUCCGAAAUAUGAGAGUGUUCAAGCAAGCAGAAUUUUAACUGAGAAAUUUUCAUCUGAAAGCAAGGAAAGUGUCGUUGCUUUAAAUCAGUAUAGCAGAAGAAGUUCUAGGGUUUUUUUCCUAAGAAAAUCUGCAUCAUUUGAAAAUAUCCAAAAAUGUUUCAGCACACAAUCUCCACAAUUAAAGAGAGUAAAAUCUGCGGUUGAAUUGAGAAAGGAGGAGGCUGUAGCUCCACUAGAGAUUAAGGACGACGUGCAAAGCAAUAUAAAUGAGGUGAUAUUUCAGAAAGGAAGGGAGUUGGAGCGUCGGAUGACUGAGCAAAAUGAAACCGAGGAACCCAUCCCUGUGAAAGAAAAUAUAGAUACCAUCUUAGAUAACAUUCAGAACAAACACGGUUUGAGAGAUCUCUCUCUCUCUCUCAUUGAAGCAUCUAGAAAAGCUGGCAUUAGUUACAUUGUUUAUCCCAAGAAAAAGAAGAUGAAAUGGAAGAAAGGAUUGAAACUCAGCAAACUUACGACUGUGUAUGAGGAGUUAUCCAAGCCUCCAAAAAUGCUUACAAGAUCAACGUCUCAUGGAAUCCUUCCUGGACAGAAGAAAUAUUUGCUCAAAGUUCCAUUACAUGAACGUCCACUUCCAUGUCCCAGCCUACCUUUGUGUUUAAAUUUUGACAAAUUUGUCCAAAGUAAGGGAGGAAUUCCAGAAAAUAGCGACCCUCGAACAUGGGCUCUUGGUAUGUUCUCUAAGUAUAAACGUCAGAAGACAACUACAAGAGAGAAAGUUGUUAAAAUAUCUGUUCCUAAAGACUUAUCUGAAGGAGUGAAAGAACCACCAAAACUAGAACUGAGUGAUUCUUUGAAGUCUGAUCUUCCUCUAGAGGUUGUUAAACAUUAUGAAUCCGAAGUGGAGAUCUUGACUGAAGAAAUAAAUAAUAAGAAAAAAUACCCUGCAUUUUCAUAUUGUAGGCGUGGAGCUAUUUAUAGGAAACUGGGAAAGUUACAGAGUGCCAUGAAUGAUCUACAGGAAGCUAUACUCUUGGAGCCAUUGUUUCUCAAUGCCUAUUGGCACCGACAUUUCAUUUAUCUUUUCCAAGACAAAAUUAAUGAAGCUUUGGAUGACUUGAAUUAUAUAAAUAAACAUAAUAAAAAUAAUGCAGAGGCAUAUUUGUCAAAGGCAGAAAUUUUCAGGAGAAAAAAAGACGUUACUUUGGCAAUUCUAAACUACACCCAGGCAAUUAAGUGUAAGCCCACGGAUGCUGAUCUGUAUUUCAGGAGGGGUGAGAUGCAUGAAAUAGCAAACAAAAUAUUGGCCAUUGAUGACUUUUCUAAAUGUAUUUUUUAUGAUCCCAAAAGAACAGAUGCCUUAUUGAAACGUGGGAUGUUUUACUAUGAAAAUGAAAACUGGAUUGCAGCCACACAAGAUUUCACAGCAUUGUUAAAUAUAGAUCCCCAAAAUUCUCAAGCAAGGACACGCCGAGGGAGAGCAUAUUUUAAACGGCACUUAUAUAAGCAAGCAACUCAAGAUCUUUCCAUUGCAAUUCACUUAGAUCCCAAUAACUGGUUGGCCUUGUAUUAUAGAGCCUGCUUAUUUAGAAAGAGCAACCCUUGCAGAGCGCUGCAGGACUACAGCGUUUCAGCUCUCAUAAAUGAUGGAGAUGAGAAUCUCAGCUGUUUUCUACAUCGGGGCAUACUCUAUGCAGAUCUAAAACUUUGGUUGCUGGCAAUUUGUGACUUCGAAACUGUUAUUUCUCUAGACAGAACUGUUAUUUUGGCUUAUAUAAAUAUUGGCCUCAUACAUCUGCUACAGUUGGAUAACUACAUUGAAGCCAUUUGGCAUUUUUCUGAGGCUAUUAAACUUGAUCCUUUAUAUAUUCAAAGCUAUAUUUGUCGAGCAGAAACCUAUUAUAAGUUGCAUAAACUGAAAAAGGCAGUAAGAGAGUUGUCUCGCGCAAUCCACCUUCAGCCAGAUGGAAUCCAAUUGUAUAUAAUCAGAGGCCAAUAUCUUCUUAUGAUGAAAUGCUACGAUCUUGCAAAGUUCACUAUUUAUCAAAUUGCAGAAAUGAACAAAGGUCUCCUUAAGUUGAGUCCCAUACAGCAAGCACUCAUUUAUUCAUUCUGUGAGAACCAUGACAAGGCCAUCCAGGUCCUGGAUGGGAUCACUUUGAACAAGCCCGAGAUCACCGUGUAUACACUAUUAGCAAAAGCCCAAAUGAAGGCCAAGAGAAGAAAGGAAGCUAUGAGAAUGCUUAAAAAGGCGUUGGAAGUUUUUUCUCAUUCUGAUAAAGGACCAAAUGCCGUAGCGGCUUCAGCAGACUGUCUGUAUAACUUGGGUCUUUGUUACAUGGAGGAAGGCAACUUACAAAUGGCUUUUGAUUCUUUUACAAAAGCUGUGAAAGCAAAUCCUGAUUUUGCAGAAGGAUUUUAUCAACGUGGGCUUUGUAAGGUAAAACUCCACAAGGAUAACUCGAUUCUGGAUUUUAAUCGUGCAAUUACCCUCAAUCCAAAACAUUACCAGGCAUAUUUAAGCCGAGUAGCCUUCUAUGGUCUGAAAGGCAGAUACUCCAAAGCGAUCUUGAAUUGUAAUGAGGCCAUCAAAAUUUAUCCUCAGAGUGUGCGUGCCUACAUCUACCGAGGAGUCCUGAAAUACUACAACAAGACCUAUAAGCUGGCCAUUACAGAUUUGACUACAGCCAUCAACAUGGACAAGAACAGUUACAUAGCCUUUUAUAACCGAGCCUUAUGUUACACCAAGAUAAGUGAACUUCGAAUGGCAUUAACAGAUUAUGGAAUUGUGCUUCUUCUUGAUGCUGGAGAAACUGUGACGUUAAAUACCUUCAUUAAUCGUGGACUCCUCUACGUAGAACUCGGGCAGCACAGUUUUGCAUUAGAGGACUUUAAACAGGCUGCACUGAUAAGCAAGACUAACGUGAGCCUUUUUCAAGCCACUGCCAUUUGCCAUCACAGAAAUAAAGAGUUUGAAGAAGCCGUCAAUUUCUUCACCUGGGCUCUUAAAAUGAAUCCACAUUUUCUGGAUGCUUACACUGGACGGGGCAAUUCUUACAUGGAGUAUGGUCAUGAGGAAGCCAGCAAACAAGCACAGAGGGACUUCCUGCGAGCGUUGCAUUUUAAUCCAACGUCCGCAAAAGCCAGAAUCAGUUUAGGCUAUAAUUUGCAGGCCCAAGGAAAAUUCCAGAAAGCUUGGAACCACUUUACCAUUGCCAUAGAAGUUGAUCCAAAGAGCUACCUAGCCUAUGAAGGAAGAGCUGUGGUCUGUCUUCAGAUGCGUGAUAAUUUUGCUGCAAUUCAGGAUAUUAAUGCUGCCAUAAAGAUCAAUACUACAGCAGAAUUCUUAACAAAUCGUGGUGUGAUUCACGAGUUUAUGGGUCAACAACAGAACGCAAUGAAAGACUAUCAAGCUGCAAUUUCUCUAAACCCCGAGUACUCGCUGGCUUACUUUAAUGCAGGAAAUAUCUACUUUCACCACAGGCAGUUUUCCCAGGCCAGUGACUACUUCUCAAAGGCUUUAAAGUUUGAUCCAGAAAAUGAAUGUGCUACCAUGAAUCGAGCUAUUGCAAAUACAAUAUUAAAGAAAUACAAAGAAGCAAAAGAAGAUUUUGCAAAUGUAGUGAAAAGCUGUCCCUCUUGGGCUGCAGUAUAUUCUAACAGAGCACACUUCUACUGUUGUUUAAAGCAAUAUGAGCUAGCUGAGGAAGACCUAAGUAAAGCCCUGUCUUUGAAGCCUAAUGAUGCUCUCCUCUAUCGUCUUAGAGCAGAAGUUCGUGGUAAAAUCGGUCUGACUGAGGAAGCUAUGGCUGACUACAACCAAGCGCUUGAUCUGCAGGAACACGCCUCAGUGACCUGAUUACAUAGACCGUGGUUUCUGUGGUAGUUUACACAGCUCUUCUUCCAGAAAUUGAGACUGACUUGUUGUUUAAAAGGUGGCACUAUCUUCAUUAUUGUAUUCAUUAUAUUUUGU